AUGCCCGCCCCGGGCUGUUCCCUCCAGGCCUCCACGGCGACGCAACCGCCCCCCUCGCUGUCAGCGCGCAGGCGCGGCGAGAGCGCGCGAGCGGGUGACGUCACUCCGCGCCGGAUUCGGCUUCUGGAGGCGUCGCUCGCUGACUGCGUCGUCAUGGAGCUGAAGACGGGUGUUUCCAAACAGGACAUUCGUGAACAGAUUUGGGACUACAUGGAAUCACAAAAUUUAGCUGAUUUUCCCCGGCCUGUUCAUCACAGGAUUCCCAACUUCAAGGGCUCUUAUCUGGCUUGCCAAAACAUCAGAGACCUAGAAGUUUUUGCCAGAACACAGGAAGUUAAAGUGGACCCCGAUAAACCGCUGGAAGGUGUUCGCCUGCUGGCGCUGCAGAGCAAAAAAACAUUGUUGGUCCCAACACCACGACUGAGAACGGGGUUAUUUAAUAAGAUCACACCACCUCCCGGGGCAACUAAAGACAUCUUGAGGAAAUGUGCUACCUCUCAGGGCGUGAGGAACUACAGCACUCCUGUGGGCUUGGAUUCCAGGGUUCUUGUGGACUUAGUUGUGGUGGGGUCCGUUGCUGUUUCUGAAAAAGGUAAGAUUAAAAUCCGAAAUUCCUGGAUGUGACCUGCAGCUUGACGUUCUGCUGUCUGUUCAUCUUUUAAACACUGAAGGUAAGUAAUCUCAGUUUUCCGGACACACAUCUGUCCUCUGAAACCACUCUAUCUCUCAUUCAUUUUGAAGAAUGAACGCAGUCCCUCACACUCAAUACCUUCACAGUAUUUUCAUUUUUCUUAGGAAAAAUAAAGUGAGAUCGUCUCUCUUCAGGUGGUGAAAGCUAUUUCCUCUAUUCUUAAACUACCUGGAACUGGAGCUGGAUUUAUUUGUAGUAUGUCAGUAAAUAGUUGGUUUUGGAGAAUCUCCAGGGAACAGAAAAACGUUAGGCUCUAAACCUUGUUUCUGGUAGGGAGCAGCAGCCUCUGGGCAACACAGGGUGUCCUGAGCCUGCCCGGGGAGGCCUGGUGCUGUGCCGGUCAGGCAGGUGAGGGGGGAGGGUGUCCCACGCUGCUGCCUGCCCUCUGCCCUCUGCCCAGCCGCCUGCAGGACUUGGGCCCCUGUGGUUCCCCUGGGACCUCUUCCGCCUCUGCUGCUCUACUCCAGGCCUGGCUCGACUCUCUUCGGAGACGAUCUGGUUAUACUGCUGCUUAUACUGCCACGGCUCAGUGGGUUCCACGAGAGGUCAGCCCGUCACAGACUUGCGCCUACACAAUGUGGUUUGGGCCCCCUGCUGGGAAAGCAUUCUCUCUCCUUCCCCUCCAAGAGGAAGAGGACUGUUCUAAGAUGCCUAUCCUUAAAACUGUCCCUUUGGAAAUUAACCAGCCAAAGCCAAGAUCUUCCUUCAAGAGAGGUUUCUGGUUUCCAACAAGUAGUUGAUGAGAGAUGCUCUUAAGUCAUUCAUUCCAAACCCUGAGUGUCAUGUUUUUAAAUGUUGGCCUUUCAUAUCUUCACCUGGAGUAUAUGGUGUUUGCCAGCUCUUUGCGCUAGUACGUGAGACAUUGUAGUGCUUCGUUCUUUGCUUUCUCUGUAUUCUCCGUUACAACGCUUUAUCUGUGUUAUCAGGGAUGGGUUCCCAUGAGCACAUGUUCCCUGGGUGCCUACUGUGGGCCAGGUGUCAGGCCAGCCCUGGGUGGUCUCUGCCUUGGGCCCACAGUGAGCCGGAAGAGCAGACACAGCAGCUGUGCUCUGAUAUGAUGUGCUCGGUGCUACACACAGAAGUCAGAACUGACAUUGGUGGGGGUCAUAAGAGCCGCCCUCGGGCCCUGAGCAGGGCAGCGUCUCAGAAGUGACCUCAGGGUUGGGUGUUUUGGAGAGAGGUGGAGCAGGAGAGGACUUUGGGACAGAAGCGGCAAUGUGUUCACAUAGGAUGGUCCUUCAGUAGGUUGGGGUUGGCUUUUCAGAGACCAGGAGCCCAAAGGACAGGAUUGGGGUUAUACUCUUUUGACAGUGGGAAGUUAACAAAGAGGUCUUCUUUUAAAAGAUCAGGAGUUUUCUUUCUUAGCUGAGGGUAUAUGAAGAAGAAAACAGUAUUCUAUAAAUGUCAUCAUUCAGAUAACCCCCAAUUAACACAGCAAAAGUCACCACGCGCACGUGUAGAAAAUUGGAAUAGCACAGAAAACACCACCUGUGCUCUUCCCAGAUGCCCACCGUCGGCGCUUCCUUGUGUUGACACCCACAGAUGCCUGUGAGUCCACACAUGUCUUGCAUUCUCUGUGCGGGUUAUGUUUGUCCUGGUUCUGUUUUCCCAGGAGGGGCAGCAGCGCAUACAGCACUUUGUGCCCUGCUAGAUGAUGUCUGGCCAGGGUCUUUGCCCAUCCCUGCAGACUGAUGGGCACUUAAGAUGUCACCAGGGUUUGGUUUUGGCUUUUCCCUUACAGAUCACACUAAAGUGAGGUGUAGUCUUGUGGUAGAGUUUCUUUGUGCCUUCGAGGGCCAUCCGUGGGAUAACUCCAGCGGAGGAAUUGUUGAACCGAAGGGUGGACUUGAAAUCCUGGUGGCUGUUGCCAAACAACUCCCUAGAAAGGUUGCCUACCUCACAUCCCCAGCACCAUACACCUCAUGUCUCUCCCUACUCCCUCGUGAAUAACUAGAAUCAUCAAACUUCCGUGUUUACCAAUCCAGUAGUGAACAGUGGUAGUUCAUGUGCCAUCUGAUUGGCCUUUAAUGGUGAGGGAAGGUGGUCAUUGCUCACGUUUGCCGCUCACCUGCCUGCCUCUGUCUGCGGACUGUUCUAUCCUUUGCCGUUUCUCCUCUGCACUGUCUUUCUCACGUUUAUUUGCUUGCAUGAUUGGAGGUUGGUAAUUGUAAAAGGAGCAUGACAGAUGAGAAUCUCAGAAAGAUGCAUGGGCAGUGAUGCCUUUGGUGAGGAUGCUGAUGCUGAUGUUAAGCAGAAGUUAGAAUUUCUGCGGCGCCAUGGGCUUCCUGAUGGCAGGAUACAUUGGUUCUUGUGGGAGCCAGAGGCAUUGUCAUGUUUCCUGUCUUGCUGCAUUCUUACCUGCUCUGGAGCUUCUCAUGCAGCUUCAGCUAAGACUUCCGUGGUCCCCACCUAGGAGUCCACAGUAUGGGACUAGCUCUGCCAGACCCAGCCCUCUUCCAGGGACUGCUGGACUUUUCAGAAGACAAGGUGAUGUCAUCUUAAAUCACGUAUUCCUGAUUUUAAUUUUUAUUUCCCCUCCAAGAGAAAUUGAUUAAAAAGGUUUUGUUUUUAGUAGGAAUUUUUUCUU